AUGGCUACUAAUAGUAGUAUUACUAGAACGGCCGCUGCUGCUGGUAGUAAUAAUACACAAACACAGGCUGAUAGUGGACAUCUGUCAUGGAGUAGACCUUAUCCACCUACAAAUCGUACUGGAGUCGUUCAUGAACAUGAUAAGCCUUAUUUUAAAUAUGGGCAUUUAUAAAACUCCGAUGUUGUAACUCAUGAAUUAGCCUCAGAAGCUUGGGAAUUAACUAAGACAAGUACUUUUGAAGCUGUAGAUCAUCUAGUAAAAAAGGCACCAGUAAAAUCUCUUAGUAGUUUACGAAGUUAUGCUUCAAAUCUUAAUUUUUAUCAAAACGAAUUACGAUUUCAAGAACAUGUAACACAGGCUCAACAAAAGGAAUUUCUUUGGCCGGUCUCCUUCCCGGAUUGUACUAAAAAAUUAAAGAGAGCUUCUAAACGGCAUAUUACCUAUAGUGUUGAUCAUAUACCAUUGUUUCGAGAUGCUCGUGAACAAUGGGAGGCUUCAGAGCAAGAACAACAGGCCAAGAAGUUUCGUAUGGCGGAAUCAGCAGGUGAUAGUGAUUGUGCCUCUGUAACAACGCCAUCUUUUCCAACCGAACCCAAUAUUGCCAUGAAUCAACAGCAACAAGAAUUAGCCGGUCAAUCAGUAGAUAAUGCAAGUGUCUACUCCGAAGAAUACGAAUUUCACCAUUGA